AUGAAGUUCCCAGUAGAGAAAAUUCUCAUUGAUAAUGGGAGCUCUGUAAACUUUAUCUAUUGGAACUGCUUUGAGAAGAUGAAUCUAUCGUAUGAUAGAUUGAAGAAGGUGUCAUCCCCACUAUUUAGCUUCUUAGGAGAAUCAGUUCCUAUCAUGGGAUCAAUCCAGUUGGAGAUCACGCUAGUUUCUGACCUCAGGAGGAAUAGGGCAAGAAGAGGAGAUCAAAAGAAAGCUCAUAGCUGUUAUGUAUCUUCCAUCAAAGGGAAACAAUUAUUAAGAGAUGAAACCUUGGCAAUCUCAGAAGACUCAGUUGAUAAGCGAAAGGCUAUGAAAAAAGUAGAACCUGUGAGGUUAAAAUAUGACGAUCCAGAUAAGGUCACUUACUUAGAAAGUGGAAUGACCGGAGAAAUAAAAAGAGAAGUGGUCUCUUACCUAAAAAAGAACGUGGAUGUCUUCGCAUGGACACCAGCUGAUAUGCCAGACAUUAGUUUGGAGAUGAUUUCUCAUCACUUAAAUGUGGACCCAAGUAUAAAGCCAAUAAAGCAGAAAAGAAGGAAUAUGGCACCUGAAAAGCAACAUGCUCUAGAAGAAGAGAUAGAUAAACUAAUUCGAGCUGAUUUCAUUGAAGAGGUCCAAUACCCAGAAUGGCUUGCCAAUGUUAUAAUGGUGAAGAAAUAA